AUGUCCUCCGCCAUCGAGACCAUCAACCAACUCGCGACAUCCGCCGCAAAGGCCGUCUGGGGCGACUCCAACACCGACGAAACCCACAAAGAGCCCAUCUCGGGGGCCACUGGCGAUGUUUCCAAGGGCGAGCCUUAUGACGCCGGCAACUUGGAUCCCAAGGACCAAAACAAGGUCGAAUCCAACCUAAAGGGCCAAGAAGACGAACCCUCAGACCUCGCCGAAAACGAAUACUACGCCCUUUCUUCCUCCGCAAAGGACAAACCCCUCCCCGAAAGCCCUCGAACCCAAGAACCCAUUGGUGGUCAACUCCAGGAUAGAACCAAGAGCAACCUCAAUGACACAACAGCCAAGAGUAAUCUCAAGGACACAACAAACGCAGACGACGACGCAAACCCCGAAGAAGGCAAACCACUCGACAAGCUCACUGGCGCCGGCCCCCGCCCCGUCGAAGAGCUCGCCAAGGAAAACGGCGGAAACGCCGCCGCCGCAUCUUCCAGCGACGCCGUGCAGGAGGAGGACAACAAGCCGAAGGAGCAGAAGCUGCCUGAGGAUAAUUCCCAGCAGCGCGACAACAAUCAGAAGUGGGAAGCUUCUGAAGACGACUACGUUAAGACGACGGGGCUUGCGGCUGAUGGAGGGAACUUUGAUGCUGCGAAGCCUGGGGCUGGAGUUGAAGCUGAUCGCUUGAUGGAGCAAAAGGGCAUGAAGACAGACGACGACGAUAACAACAACCACAAGGCCGGCAGCUCUGGCCGCAAGAGCUCGGAUUCAGGCCGUCAUCACAAGGAUAAGCCCAGUCUGGGGGAGCGAAUCAAGAAUAAGCUGCACCGACAUUAA